AUGCCGCGGCCCCUUCGAGUCACCCGUCACCACCGUGAACACCGCAUCGAUGAGGACCUGGACGAGCUUCACGCCUUGGAAUGCGCAUCACCUCAAGACCGGCCGGCAAUUGACAAAGCGCGACGUCGGGUUGGACGUAUCUGCUCGGCCAUCAACCAGCACCUUCUACGCCAUCAGUUUGACACGGCCGAGAAGGAGUGUGUUGACGAUAUACUGGCCAUGGCCUGUACGGAGCGAGCGGCACGAGCAGGAAGUGUAACACCAGAGACGGGGCCAACUACUCCUGACGAGGAGCAGUUGGAUGAUGGCGUCUGCCCCAUCUCAAGUGACGAUCUCUGGCGGUUCUUCGACGGCAUUAAUACGCCACGACACGUAUUCGACGCGGAGGCUCCAGAUGGUGCUGUCUUCCGCGCUGCAAUGGAUCGCUUGCCCGCUGCUACACGUUUGACGGAGCUACUGAGUGAGCCACCGACAUUCGACGAUAUUGAAGUCAAGCUGCAGGAUGUGCGUGGCGCCUCCGCUACUGGCCUUGAUGGGGUCGGAAAGGUGCGCGUGAUGACCCGGCAAACUGGAGGCCCAUCUGCCUCCAGCAAGCCAUUUACAAGCUAUACACCGGAAUUCUUUCACGGCGGUUGGUGCGGCGGCUGGAAGCGAACGAUCGUCACGCGCCAGGGCGGAAGGUAUUUUGGGCGGUGA